AGGAGCGUCACUAGGCAAUCCGCGUCCCUCAGCCACUGAUCCGCUCCCCUUCCAGCUGAGUAUCAAGGACAUUCUCAAAGACCAGCUUAGACGAGAGAAGGGAGGCAGUGAAGAGGGCAGAGAUACGAGACGAGAAGAGAGAAAGAGAAGAAAGGGAGAGAGGAUGAACACCGACAUAACGGCGUUGGCGAAACCGGAAUAUCCGGUGAUCGAUCGCAACCCUCCAUUCACCAAGACCGUGGCCAACUUCAACAUCCUCGACUACUGCCGCCUUCUCACCAUCACCGGUGUCUCCGUCACCGUUGGAUACCUCUCUGGUAUAAAACCAAACAUAAGAGGGCCAUCAAUGGUGACGGGCGGUCUCAUCGGCGUCAUGGGGGGUUUCAUGUACGCUUACCAGAAUUCUGCUGGCCGCCUCAUGGGAUUCUUUCCCAACGAAGAUGAGGUAGCUCGUUACAAGAAAUAGAAGGCAUCUCUCUCUCUCUCUCUCUCUCUCUCUCUCUCUCUCUCUCAUUUUCUUUUUCCUUCUUUCAUUUCUCGAACAGAUAAGGAAGAAGUUGAGUUUUUUCAUUUUCUAGAGAUACUCGCUGUGACUUAAUAAUCAGACUAUGAUUGGUUCAUUGUCGGGAUUUUACAGGAGUGGAAGCUUUUGUGAGAUUUAUUAUUA